AGCAUACCGAAAACCUUGCACGACCGUGAGUAUUUCUUCUUCAUAGUGAUCACCUGGUUUUGGCCAUAUCAGGACUUUUUCGAUAAUGACAUGAUGAAAAUAUUCGAAAUUUGUCGCAAAAUGAAUGUCAAAAAUGUUGUCAUUAUGACUAAGCCCUUAGUCGGAAAGGUCAUUAGCUUCUAUACAUACUCUCUGUAUAAUGGCGAUUAUUGCAACACCGAAUUGGCAAUGAAGGAAAUCAAUCGUUACGAGAAUGGCCGUUUUCAAAAUGAUUUUCUAUUUCCCGAUUUUAUGAAGAAUUUCCAUGGCUGUAAAUUGACAGUAUGUGCACGUAUCAUACCACCUAUGUUGACAUUCAAUGGUGAUCGGAGUAAUGAGAGUCAUUUGAAGGAAAUGCAUCGUUUGGCCGGCAUCGAGGGAGAAAUUUUAAAAUUGGUCGCCUCAACGAUGGACAUCAAAUUGGAAUAUCGUUUUACACAGUCAUAUUUCAAUCCGGGAAGAAAUGACAGUUUUACGGGUUGUAUAGCGGAUCUCUAUGAAAAUCGUGCCGAUAUGGCCAUUGGUGGUAUGGGAGCCCUAAUGCCGAACGGUCAUUAUUUCAGUGCUUCCUACACUCAUCAUACGUCGCCAUAUGUUUUUGUUGUACGUGGAGGACGACCAUUCGGACCAAUAACAAAAUUGUUAAAUCCGCUUCAGAUGAAUGUGUGGCAGGUGAUUUUAGCUCAACUAUUCAUAAUAAUAAUUUUCAUUGCUUGGAUUGAAAGACGUGGCUGGUGGACUUUACGCAAUUUCAUUUUGGGAUCCCACAACAAAUAUUCGAUACAUAAUUUAUUUGUAACACUCUUGGGUAGUCCGCUACCCAACUAUGCUGUGCCUAGGAGGAAUUUUGCCCGCUUCAUAUUAGUUGCCUGGCUUUUGUGGACACUGGAACUGCGUAAUUUCUAUCAGGGUAAAAUGUUUGAUACAUUGCGACAGGCCAAGCGUCAGCCCACACCCAAAACCAUUCAUGAACUCAUCGAUAAGGACUACACCUUGCUUUCGUCAAUCUAUCGCGACUAUUUUCCGCAUAAUAAAACCAUAAUAAUAUCGAAUACCGUAGAGCGCCUGCAUGUCGUAAAUAGCUUGGAUAUGCCAUUCACAACAACCGAAGUGUUAGACUUCAUGUCGUACUACAACAUGAUCAACUGGAAAUCCUCCACUCUGACCUAUGUGGAUGAGGUCAUCUAUAUGUAUCACUGCGUUGUUUACUUUCCCAAGCAUUCGAUUUUAUUGCCAAGUUUUAAUCGAAAAUUAAAGCUUUUAUCUGAUGCCGGCAUUACCUCGUUUGUGGCUCGUCAGUACAUUCAUCCAUAUUAUCGUAAUUUGAAAGGUCAAAUCAAUACCGGAGAAGUUAAACAAAUAACCCAUAAACAAUUGAUUGGAUUAUACUAUAUUUAUGUUGCCUUGAAUGGAGUGGCUGUGAUGGUUUUCAUAUUGGAAUUGGGAUGGAAGAAAAUUGGAACAUUGAAGCGAGUAAUUCAUCGUUUUAAUAAAAUAAAAUGUUAAAAAGAUAUAUAUUUUUUUGCUUGGGAUUGAAAAUAAAAAUGAAACAAAAA